GCAGAUGCCAGUCGAUUUUAUUUUAUGCUUAGCCAAAGUAAAAACCAUGAGCACAUUUUCCAUUUUCAAUGCUAGCAAUGUUUCACAGGCUGAUUCCCUCGAGGAAAGCGACAAUUGGACAGCAGUGACACAGUUUACCCAGCCAGGGUGGCAGAUUGCUUUGUGGGCUAUCACUUAUUCCUUCAUCGUUAUCACAUCCAUUGUUGGCAACGUCACCAUCAUCUGGAUUAUUCUUGCGCACAGAAGAAUGAGGACGGCUACCAACUAUUUUAUCGUGAAUUUGGCUCUUUCCGAUUUGCUAAUGUCCGCUUUCAAUACCAUCUUCAAUUUUAUUUACGCCAGUCACAACGUCUGGUAUUUUGGCAAGGAAUUCUGCAGGUUUCAGAACUGGUUCCCGAUCACCGCGAUGUUUGUGAGCAUUUACUCCAUGACAGCUGUGGCUGCAGAAAGGUACAUGGCCAUAAUUCAUCCCUUCAAGCCCAGGCUUUCUGCUGGAAGCACCAGAGUCAUCAUAGGGAUAAUCUGGCUGGUGGCGUUUGGGCUUGCCUUCCCCCAGUGCUUCUACGCCAAGAUCAUGAUGGACAACGGAACAACAAAAUGCAUCGUCGUCUGGCCAGAUGACGUUGGAUCCAAGCACCAGCUCACGUAUCACAUUGCAGUGAUCGUGUUGAUUUAUUUACUGCCUUUAAUGGUGAUGUUUGUUGCAUACAGCAUUAUAGGAAUUACUCUGUGGAGCAGUGCGGUUCCAGGCAACCACGUUAACAGAGUCCGCUACGAACACCAAGUUAAUGCCAAAAAAAAGUUUGUGAAGACCAUGGUGGUAGUUGUGAUCAUUUUUGCUGUCUGCUGGCUGCCCUAUCACAUAUACUUCAUCCUGGGGAGCUUCAAGGAAAACAUCUACCAGCAGAAGUACAUUCAGCAGGUUUAUCUCGCAAUCUUUCUGCUUGCCAUGAGUUCAACGAUGUACAACCCCAUCAUAUACUGCUGCCUUAACCAGAGGUUCCGUUCUGGCUUCAGAUUAGCCUUCAGGUGGUGUCCAUGCAUAAAAGCAACUGAGAAAGAUAAACUUAAACUUACAUCCCCAUCUCUUUACCAGACAACACACAGAAAGUCAAGAUCAAGUUUCAAUACAGAAACUCAAUUGAACGAGAAAGAGAAGACAUCGUUUUCCCUCACCCAGUUAACACUUUGAUUUCCUCCUCCUGGUUCUGGCUCUAUCUCAAUACACCUUUUCAAGGCAACAGAUCAGUAGAAGCCUGAGGCGGGUCUUUUUUUCUAGAGCAAUUGUUUCCUAUCGGACUUCUUAAGAUGCUAUCAGCAUUGAAAACAGUCUGCUCAUAAUACUUCAAUCCAAGUAUCACCCAGCUAUGGAGGCUAGUUCAUCCCUUCCUUACACCAACAACGGCAAUACAGAACAGAGAGAUUUUGCCCAUGAGGUCAAAAAACCCCAACAAAGCAGACCUGAGACAGUGCCAAUCAGCAAAAUAUCAAUGAUUCCCUUCCAGACAGUGAUUUCCUGCUAUCUGUUCCACCAAGAUGCUUAAAUCUGGAAAAGAGGCGAUUGAGCAGAAAGGCUGGAGCACAUCUGGACCAGUCUGGAUAGACGCUGAGGACUGUGUGUGCACCUAAGUUCCAUGGCUCAGCAACCUCAAGGCAGACAAGACUUAUGAGGCAAAGCUUGUUUACAACAAAAACAAACACUAAAACAUCCAGACUGAAAAGCCUGCCCUGAACAUUUUCUGAAUUCUGGGAUUUUUGUGCCUACGAUUUCACUAGCGCCAUCUCUCAUCAGUUAAAAGCAAGAAACAGCUCUUAAAGGUGUCAUCAUUGCAUGGAUUUCUAUAACCUUGUACCAAAAUACGAUGUCAUUUUCCCAUUAAGCUUUGCCCAAGUGAUUCCUUCAACUUCACAUAGUUAAUAGUGGUGUCUAAUUCAGAGUUGAGGCUCUCUGAAGAGUCAGCAGCCAAGUGUGGGAUGCUCACUGGCUUGGUCAGGGCUCAUGCAUCCAAUCUGAAUCCAUCUCCCUUCCCUUCUCUUGGUCCUAACCAGAGUCUGACCCAUCACUGCCUUUACCCAAAUAGUCCCUUUAUCUUCCCUUUCCAGACUUACCCCAUAUUUAUCAUCACUG